GAAUGGAAAGGAUAAUGAAUAGAACCAAACUGAACGUACAAUCAUCAAAGAGCUUCGUACAAUACACAUUAUUACGAGCGUACAUCUUUCUUCUUUUUUGUUUGUUUGAAGAACCACCAAAAGUUCAAAUUUCAAAAUUAGAAUUAGAAUAGCCCUCCAUCGGCGCGCUCACACCAAGUCCGCCGCAACCGCAACGGCAAUGGCAGGGAUAUCGAAGGCGGCGCCGGGAGCAUUUACGAUAACACCACACAAGCUCUCAAUUUGCAUUCUCAUUCAAGUCUAUGCUACUCCCUCCCAAACCUCUGUCCCUUUCCCUUUCUCUUCUGUCUCCCAACACAAUCUUCUCGCCUCCUUCUUAUUAUCUCUCACUAAGUCUUCUGAGGAUAUUUUUGAGCCAAAGCUGGAUGAACUCAUCUCACAGCUGAAUGAAAUUGGAGGCGUACUGAAGCAUUGGUUGAGCGACCAUUUAGCUGGAAAGCUAUCAUCUUUAGCCUCACCUGACGAUUUGUUUAACUUUUUUAUUGAUUUGCGUGGCAUACUUGGGGGUUCUGAUUCAAAUGUCAUGGAUGACGAUCAAAUCAUUUUGGAUCCUAGCAGCAAUCUUGGAGUCUUUGCUCGUCGUUGCUUACUUGCGUUUAAUCUAUUGUCAUUUGAGGCUGUCUGUCAUCUUUUGACAAAUGUAGCAACAUAUUGCAAGGAAUCUCUCUCAGCUUAUCCUCCUUAUGAGUUAUCACAUUUUAACGAUUCUGAUAGCUAUACUGACGCACCAAAGCACUAUGAGAACAUGGAUUUGGAGAAUUUUGUUGUUGAGAAAAUCAACAAAGAAAUCGAAGCAAGAAAUGUGGUUGAUGAAAAGCUUUCCUUCCACAAUCAUGCACCUAAAGCUCUAGUUAGAUCUAUUGAAGAUCAUUAUUCUUCUCCUGGACCACAAAUCAAAAGAAUCACUAAGCCAAGAGAAGUUAGCACAUGCGCAUCUUCUUCUUGUGAUGCAUCGGAUUGUGUUGAUUCUCAGACUGGAGCUUUCUUACGUACAAAUUGGCAAAUACAAGGUUAUCUCUUGGAGCAAGCUGAUACAAUUGAAAGGCAGGGAAGCUCCUUCACUCUCAAUGCUUUUGAGUCUGUAUUGAAGGACCUUCUUAAACUAGCUCCAGAGUUACAUCGCGUUCACUUCUUGCGUUACUUGAAUAGCCUUUAUCAUCAGGACUAUCAUACUUCUCUAGAAAAUAUCCACCGGUAUUUUGAUUACAGUGCAGGGACGGAAGGAUGUGAUUUUAUACCUUCUUCUUCAACCGGUUGCAAUAGCUUUGGGAGAUACGAAGUUGCUUUAUUAUGCUUGGGAAUGAUGCAUUUUCAUUUUGGGCACCCAAAGCAAGCUUUGGAGGUGUUGACAGAAGCUGUUCGUGUGUCUCAACAGCAAAAUAAUGAUAGUUGUCUUGCUUACACGUUAGCAGCAAUUUGCAAGCUGUUGUCUGAAUUUGGAGUCUCAAAUAUGAGGGGGCUUAUCGGAUCAUCCUAUUCACCUGUAACCAGUAUAGGAACUUCAUUAUCCACUCAACAACUCUUAUAUGUUCUCUUGAGAAGAUCCUUAAAGCGAGCGGAAAGUCUAAAGCUGAAACGACUGGUUGCAUCUAAUCAUCUUGCCAUGGCUAAAUUCGACCUGACUCAAGUGCAAAGACCUUUGCUUUCAUUUGGUCCAAAAGCUUCCAUGAAACUUGCAACAUGCCCAAUUAAUGUCUGCAAGGAACUGAGGUUGAGUUCUCAUCUGAUUAAUGAAUAUGGUGAUGAGGCUUCACUAAUGAUCUCAGACGGGGCUUUUUGUACUCAAUGGAUUAGGAACUUAAAGAAGCCAAAAGGUUCCGUUAUCUUUUCCCAGGAGAAUGAAUGUAGGAGUAAUACUGAUGCUCUCCAGUUCUGUGGGCAGCCAUGUUCCAUCCCUGGAUCUGUGCUGCAACUUUUAGGCUCUUCGUAUUUGUUCCGCGCUACUGCUUGGGAGGUCUAUGGCAGUGCACCUCUUGCUCGAAUGAAUGCACUGCUUUAUGCGACAUGCUUUGCUGGCUCAUCGAGUUUGGAUGAUGUGGCAUUAGCGUAUGGAAAACUUAUCCAGCAUCUAGCAGUAUUUAAAGGAUACAAAGAAGCUUUUGCUGCUCUGAAACUUGCGGAGGAGAAGUUUUUAUCCGUUUCAAAGUCACAAAUUCAGCUUGUAAAACUACAAUUGCUCCAUGAUCAUGCUUUACAUACGGGAAAUUUAAAACUUGCUCAACAGUUGUGUGAUGAGCUAGGUGUUUUAGCCUCUUCAGUAACUGGUGUAGAUAUAGAGAUAAAAGUUGAAGCUAGCCUCCGCCAUGCACGAAUACUAAUUGCAGCUAACCAAUUUAGCCAGGCAGCAGCUAUCGCACACUCUCUCUUCUGUAUGUGCUACAAAUUCAGUUUACAAGUCGAGAAUGCCACUGUUCUUCUUUUACUUGCAGAGAUACACAAGAGAUCAGGAAAUGCUGUUUUAGGUAUUCCGUACGCGUUGGCAAGCCUUUCCUUUUGUAACUCAUUCAACUUAGACCUUCUCAAAGCAUCUGCUACGCUGACGCUGGCAGAGCUUUGGCUCUCACUUGGAUCAAGUCAUGCAAAAAGAGCUUUGGCUCUCAUACAUGGGGCAUUUCCUGUACUUCUUGGUCACGGUGGUUUGGAGCUUCGUGCUCGGGCCUUUAUCACUGAAGCAAAAUGCUAUCUUGCUGACUCGAGCUUUUCAGUAUCUGAAGAACCAGAGAUGGUACUUGAACCGUUGAGGCAGGCUUCCGAAGACCUGGAACUUAUAGAGUAUCACAAAUUGGCAGCAGAAGCUUUUUACUUGAUGGCCAUUGUAUAUGACAAGCUGGGGCAGCUGGACCACAGGGAAGAAGCAGCUUCUUCAUUUAGGAAACACAUCACUACUCUUGAAAGCUCUGAUAUUGAAGAUCCUCUUUAAUAUUGUUGCUAAGAACCAGUAUUUUACGUAAAUAUGCCCUUGGCAGCUGGCAAAUCCGUGUUGGACUGUCUCAUACAUGCUUUGUUACAGCUUCAUUCAUGCACCAUGAGAAGCAUUCUAAAUUUCUAAUGGAAUACCCAUGUGGACAUUGAUUGUGAUAUAAUCAUAUAAAGACAGUGAAGAUAUCACGGAUGUGGUGGCUUUCCGAUUGCAAUCUUAGAAACGCCUCAAAUUUCUUGGCAAGUGUAUCGUCGCUAUCCUCCAAUUUCCGAUUGAGGCACAUUUUUGUUGUUGAUGGUGGUUGAGGAACAUUAGUGCUAGAUGGCCAUGCUAUACCAGUUAGAGUGUACCAACACCUUUUGAGUAUGAUUAUUGGAAGAUAACCAUGAUUUUGUUGGCCCGUUUGCGAGGCCGAAAAGGCUAAGGCUAAAUGAUUGCUCCGCGGUGUUGAACUAGAUAUCCACAAUCGCUGAUCGAGAGAUAGAGAUCUAAAGAAGCCUCCUGAAGAGAUUGUCUACAGUAAGAACCUUUUCCAACUUUUCUUAUGAUGUGUAAGAUCUUCUCUCGUUGUACAGAUUGUUCUAUAGGAUUAGCAAUGUAGUAGGAUAUCAGAUAUUAAGUACAUCAUAAGAAGAAAAAAAAAAGUACAUCAUAAGACAUUGAGCCAUGUUGAAAGUUGAGAUCUUCAGACUUAUCACCUCAUCAACAUGAUAAAAUCAUUUGACACCAUGUGCAGAGAUUUAUCCUGAGCCCAGACAAGUAACUUAGCAGUAGUAAUUGUAGGAUUACCAUAGAUGUAAGGGACCAUUAUUGUGAAGAUAGGUGCCGAAAGACUGAAAAAGAGCUUCGAGGGUUGUGGCAGUGGAUCGAAUAGCCUCAAAAUACCUUCUAAUGUGUUGAAUAUUUUAUGGUGUGGAAGGGGAAUAUGUAUGGCUAGAGAGAAAGUCGACCGGAAUGAACAUCCAAACGAUGCUAGAGAGAAGAUAGAGGUCUUCUGAUUUCCCAUUGUGCUACCAUUUGGAGAACAAGUGUGGAGAGAGUGGAAGUGUCAGAAUGUGUAAGAGAAAGGUGUUUGAAUUCACGAGCAUUAACAAAGAGGGUGCUGAUAAGAAAUUUGUGAAAGUCUAUAUUUAAGAGGACGCCCCUUUAUAAUACGAACUUUGCCUAUGCAUAUGACGCAAUUAUAUUUCUUUUGCCGAUAGAGUCGCCUUGAGUCACUCCUAGGAAUUAGCCUCGAGUCACUUAGUGAAUGGUAAUGAAAGAACCAAAUACAUUC